GGGAGGCACUGCUGUCUGCUGGAAGAGCCGAGCCCGGGGAGUCAGUCACAUUCCUGGCUGGGAUUCAAUGACUGAAGCAGACACAAACAAACAGAGAGAGAGAGAGAGAGAGAGAGAGGAGGUAGACGAACAGGAGAGAGAGAGUCCACGCCAGACUGGGUGGCACAUUUCAGGCGCACAUUAGGAGUGCGUAAAACCGCUUGGAACGCGUAAAAACAACACUCGUGAUUGUACGAGUUUUUCUUCUUCUUUUCAUUCUGGGAGUGUUGGAAGUAGUUGUGCGUUCGAGAGGAGUGGAUCUUUCUUUCUGAAUGGACUCUCCGGGAAGAGACGCUGGUCCUGGUCCGGGGAAGCUGGCUGGCUGGCGGCGUGGAAAUGCACGUUAGUAGCGAGCGAGCACGACACCUAUAAAGAACGACUCAAUCCGAUUAUUUAGUAGUUUUUAAAGGCUAACAAAGAUGGAGGUGGGCAGCUUUCAGCCUCAUCCCGGACUUCAGCAAACUCUGAAGCAGUUCCACCUGAGCUCCAUGCGCUCCCUCAGCGGACCGGCGGCGUUCUCCGCCCGCUGGCACCAAGAGUCCCUCUUCAAGGACGCCAAAGCAGCCGAGGUGGUGCUCUCGCUGCCGGCCCACACGCCUCCGGUCAUGUCCGGCCCGCUCUUUAUACCCUCCGACCGCUCCACGGAGCGCUGCGAGACGGUGCUGGAGCGGGAGCCCAUCUCCUGCUUCGUGGUGGGCGGCGAGAAGCGCCUGUGCCUGCCGCAGAUCCUCAACAGCGUGCUGAGAGACUUUUCCCUGCAGCAGAUAAACUCGGUGUGCGACGACCUGCACAUCUAUUGCUCCCGCUGCACGGCUGACCAGCUGGAGAUCCUCAAGGUGGUGGGCAUCCUGCCCUUCUCGGCGCCCUCCUGCGGCCUGAUCACGCAGACGGACGCCGAGCGGCUGUGCAACGCACUCAUCUAUGGAGGCUCGUACCCGCCGCGCUGCAACAAGGAGCGAGGCUCUCUGGAGCUGGAGCGCACCGAGAAGAGCUUCCGAGUGUACCAUGAGUGCUUCGGCCGAUGCAAGGGCUUAUUCGUGCCGGAGCUCUACUCGGGCCCCGGCGCUGCCUGCGUGCAGUGCCUGGACUGCAGGCUCAUGUUCCCGCCGCACAAGUUUGUGGUGCACAGCCACAAGCGGCUGGAGAACCGGACGGUGCACUGGGGCUUCGACUCGGCCAACUGGCGGGCCUACGUGCUCCUGGACCCGGACUACAACGGCAAAGAGGAGAAGGGUCGCCUGGAGCAGCUGCUCGGAGACUUAAAGGGGAAAUACGACUUGAGCGCCAAGCUGGGCAGGAAGACGUGCAGAUCGCCGAGCCCAGUCACAGCCAAGAGGCCCAAAGUGGACAAAUCGGCAUCACCGUCAGCUGACAGCGAGCGCAAACCCGAGUGGCUGCAGUCAUUGUCCACGCACAAGGGUCUGAAACAAGUCCAGUUCAAGCAGAGACCGUCCGCUUUCCGACCCUGGUCUCCUAAGGCAGCCUCUCAGAAUGAGCAAGAGAGGUGCAACUCAAAGGGUAGGGAGCCCCCGGCUCCUCUGGGACAUCCUGAGGACAGCCACGCACCUGGUAGGGGGGCCAAAGCCAUCCAGCAAGAGCAGCACAAUGGCGACAUGCUACCCGCAGCCAAACAGUCCCUCCUGGACGACAUGGACACGGACGGAGAGAUUGAUGUGGAUGACUGUGAUGAUGGUCCACUAGCAGCGUCCUCGCUGGCUUCACCCCCCUCAGCUUGCAGCAGCGCUCCCCAGACACUGACACUCCAGCCUCAGGAGGGAGUCACCUGGCUGUUAGGGCCCACUUGCCCCGAGAUUGACGCCCUGAGACAGACGCUCUAUGCCGGGCUGGACACCAAAGAGUCCAGAGAAAAGUUCCUACAGGAGGUGGUGAAGAUGCGGCUGAAGCAGGAGGAGAAGCUGGCGGCCGCCGUGCAAGCCAAACGCAGCCUUCAACAGGAGUUGGAGUUUGUGAGGGUGGCCAAGAAAGGCCGCCUGCGUGAGGCCGUGGAGGCUAAGAGAAACCUGCGCAAGGAGAUAGAACGCCUUCGUGUGGACUGGGAGAGGAAGAUGAGGGAGGCGGAGGAGGCCAGCGGGCGGCUCAAGAAGGACCUGGAGAGAGAGCGGAAGCUGAGAGGGUGUGACAAAGGAUGUGAGGCCGAUCGUCUACGGGGAAAGUACUCAGCAGAAAUGGACGAGCUACACGUGCAUCUUCAGCAGGCCGAGGACGACCGCGAGCAGCUGAGGCGGGAGCUGCAACAGGAGAGGGAGGCGCGACAGAACCUGGAGAGCGUUGUUCGGGACCUGCAGUCCCAGCUCACGCAGGCCGACAUGCACGGGCCCCCUGCCGCGGGGGUCUCGCAGGGGGCGGCGCACACAGACGGACACAGCACACAACACAGCAGCCCGUCCUAAAGCUGCACAAUAAACAGGACAACGUACUUUAAGUCAACAUGAUGGUGAGAUGAACUGGAAAGAAGUGAGCAAGGCCACAUACAACUACUUGAAUAUGAAGGGAAGUCACAUGUUACACGUCUGCUGCACAGUGCAGCAGCUCUUGGUGCCACAAAAAGUAUUGGUACACUCCAAGGUGUCACUGCAGACCACUGGACGCAACAGACACCGUUUACCACUAGUUACCUGGAAUAUCAGCUUGUUUUUUUAUAUACUGUAUACUGUAUGUAGAGGAUUUUCAACUAACAUUGCUUGUUAUUCCAUAUGCAAAACACAACGCAUUUACAACAAAAACUAUUGGAGGCUUUCAUAUUUUAUGUAUGGAUGUGGAGCUUUUUCAUAGCUUGAUAUCUUCUUCUACAUUCUUUUUUUUUUUUUGCUAAUGAUGCGCUCCUAUUUGGAAUAUUAGGGACACGCUGAAAAGAAACAAUAAUAAUAAUAGUCAUAAUAGGAGA